AUGUGUCCCGGCCUCUCCCCCAACAUCCAACAGGUUGAUGAUGCCAGGAAAACAGCUGUCAUCGACAGAGAGCUCUCUCGGCUAGGUGUAGACAUUGCAUGCUUGCAGGAGACGAGGCUUGCAGACAGUGGCACCCUCAGAGAAAAGAGCUACACCUUCUUCUGGAAAGGUAAACCCCCUGAAGAACCCCGCCAGCAUGGUGUCGGUUUUGCCAUAAAGAACACACUGAUGACCUCCAUCGAGCCCCCUUCAGCAGGCACAGAGAGAAUUCUGACCCUCCGCCUGUCCACGUCUUUCGGCUCAGCCACCAUCAUCAGUGUGUACGCGCCCACGCUGUACUCUACCCCUGAGGAUAAGGACCAGUUUUAUGGUGCCCUGGAUGAUAUCAUAUCCCAAACCCCCAGCACUGACAUGCUUUACCUCCUUGGCGACUUCAACGCCAGAGUGGGAGCUGACCACGAGGCUUGGCUCUCCUGUCUCGGUGCCUAUGGACGCGGGAAGAUAAAUGACAAUGGCCAGCGUCUGCUAGAGCUGUGCUGCUACCACGGCCUAUGCGUCACCAACACCUUCCCGUGCAAAGAAAUCGAUCAGGUCUCCUGGAGACAUCCUCGUUCACGCCACUGGCACCAGCUCGACUUGGUAUUGACCAGACGCAAGGACCUUGCUAGCGUCCUCCUCACCCGUACCUACCACAGUGCUGACUGCGACACUGACCAUUCCCUCGUCGCCAGUAAGGAAGAUACAUCACAGCAAGAAGAGCGGACAGGCCACGCGUCAACACCUGCAAUGCCAGAAACCCCCUUAAGAUGCAGGGCUUCCUGA